CCCAAGACACUGGCAGUUGGAAAAGUGAUGGAGGACAAGUAGGACCUCGGGGGCAAGUAAAAGCAAGAAGCACUUGAAAAAGGAAAGAAAUGUUAAGAUGACCUGGAGGGAAGAAAAAGAGAUUUGGGAGAAGAAGACAGUAUUGUUGGUAACACUGGGAAGGGAUUUUGCUAUACAUUAGCAUUUGACAAAUGGGGGAAACUUUAUUUAUUUGUUUGUUUGUUUGGUCAGAAGAAAUUUAAAAAAAAAUUCAUCACUGAAGAGGUAUCCUGAUAAUGUAAACAUUGUGAUAAGCUAAAAACUGGAACCAUCUAGAAGAAUAAGACCCAUCAUGUCCUUCUCAGGCCAUGCCCAAAAGACCAGCAAAAGGACUUUUCCAAUGGAAUCUGUUCUAAUGCCCCAAGUUCCACGUGGCAAUUACUUGCAUCUUCAGGAAGAGAAGCAAAGACUACAGCUCAAGAAAUUCCUUCUUCACAGGAUGUUUCUUGUGGCCAAGAUAACAGCAAACACAGAAAAAAAAAUUAUUGCUGACUACUAUGAACAAGUGCUUCAGUCAACUUUAAAACUUCACAAAGGAGAAGCAGUGACAGGGUUUUUGCUCAUCUAUCCUACUUCUAUUCUGCAUAUUCUUGAGUCCUCCAGUGAUACGCUUUACCAAAUUCUUUUAGAUCAUCUUGACCAGAAAAAGAAUGACACAGAAUUUUUUAUCCAUGGGAUGAAAAUUAUAGUUGUGUCCCAUAACAUCCCGACAAGACUCUUCAUGCAAUGGCAUGUAUCAGAAAUAAAAGCUCCAGUCAUGUAUCUCGAUGAUGUCACACAGACACAGUCCCUAGAAGAGGUCAUCACCGAGUUUCUCACCCAGACUCAUAAACUGGCAAUUCACCUUUUAAAGACUGUGAAAGUGAGUGCUAAAGGACCAGGGGAUAACUUGCACCAACUAGCACCUGAAUUGCUCAUCCCAGAACAAAUAAUAAAGUACUUGUGCAAAUCUGAAGAAUUCAUGGAUCCAGAAGCUUUCCUAAACAUGUAUAAUAAACCCAUACAUAUCACUUUGGAUUCUGAGGUGGUAUGGCCUGCUCCUUCCCAUUUCUAGGAUUGAGAGAGAUGUGGUUAAUGUGGUCCAAUCUCUCAAGGAAUUGAUGCUACUUAAAUAAAAAGAAAACACUUCUGAGGGGACUCUUCUCUUGAAAAAAGAAAGGACCAUAUGCCACAAUAUACACAAAGUCAAUGAGAAGCUGCACCACCCAGCAUCAAAUUUCAGGAAAAACAAUUUUGUUCUUGGAAUAUAAAAUUUAGGGGGGAAAUACCAUCAUUGAGUUGCUUGCAAUGUACAUUUAGAGGAAAUAAAAUUCUGCUUAUUGAUCAAAUUAUAUUUCCUCUGUGAAGCCUGGCAAACUCGAGAAACCCUCAUUGUAAACUUGGACUAAGAAUACCUUCUGGAAGUGAUUCAGUGGAACUUUUGUAUUUAUAUGUUACUAUUCACUGAGCCAAGAAUAGGAACUCAUUCCAAUUCAUUGGAUUAAAAAUAAAAAUACUCCUUCCUGUUGAA